AGACUAGCAGCGGAGAACUUCACAAGAGGCUAAGCCCUGGUCUCGGCAGACAGACAGCGAUCCACCUACACACGUCCGUGAUUCUGUCAAUUAUAUUCAGAGGGAAACUAUAUUUAUAUAAAGAAACUAUACACUCCACUGAACUAAUUUAUCUUUUCACACUCACUCAUUCACCACGCAUGCGCAGUAGCAGGACGAGGAAAUGCGUCGCACAAACAAAAAAAAAAAAGAAAGCGGAGAAGUUUUUCGCAAGCAGUCGCGAGGCCAACGCGUGCCUGGCCGCUCGCCGCGUGACUCUGCCGCCUCCAGUGUCAGUGCGGACCGCUACAGCGCCGCGUGAGCCUGAGCCUGAGCCUACCAGAGUCGGCCGGCGACACGGAGACACCCGCCAGACGCGGCGGAGACAACAUCAAACGGAAAGCGUGGAAACGGCUUCUCCUACGCCCUCGCCGAGCCAUGCCUCCGGGGCUGCCGGCCCGUCCUACUCCGCUCACCACGGCGACGACAGCAACGACAUCGAGCAGAUCGUCACCGUCACCACCACCGCCGCCAGCGGCCACGCUCGCUAUCAGCCCCUCGGCCACCACCACCAGAUUCACGACGACGACAUCCUGCCCUUCCCAUGCGAUCCCCCCGCAGCACCCGCCGACGUGGAGAGUGCGGAGCCCCGGGGGGCAGGGGGUCAGGCCGCCGCUCGUCCGGACCCUCACCACCGGGACAAGGGAAAAUCUCACCGCCGGCGGUUGGUGGGCGGAGUCCCCAGCUGUCAUAUGACCAUCGACUCGGACUAUCAGAACGUGCGCUUGGCCGUACUGGGCGCACCCGGGGUGGGCAAGUCUGCCAUCGUCAAGCAGUUCGUCAUGCAGCAGUUUCCGGAGGAAUACGUGCCCACGGAGCAAAGACAGGUGUUCUGUCCGGCAGUGAUCAUCAACGAUCACCUGUACGAGGUGCGCAUCAUCGACUGUCCCUACAUCCCUUACUUCCCCGUCAGCUCCCUGUACGAGUGGACAGACUUCAGGGGCUACGGACUGAGGAACGCCACCGCCUACAUCCUGGUGUACGACAUCACCAGCGAGGACAGCUUCCAGUACAUCAAGAACAUCCGGGAACAAAUCCUGGAGUCCAGAGACAUGCAUGAUGUUCCCAUGUUCGUGGUGGGAAACAAACACGACCUGGCCGAGGAACGCGGAAUGCCGAGAAGGGAAGUGGCCAACCUGGUCAAGAAGCAGUGGAAGUGCGGCUACAUCGAAUGCUCAGCCAAGUUCAACUGGCACAUCAUGCUUCUCUUCAAAGAGCUCAUGAAGAGCGUCGACUACAUCGACUACGGCCACAAGCCGACGUCAGUCCGAGUGCAGGAUGCUUUGAGACGAAACCGUUGUUUUAUUUUGUGAUGUCGGUGUGAUGAACUCUGUUAUGUUUCUUGUGUGAUUGCAUUCAGGCGUGUGAAUAUAAAAAUGUGUGUGCAUGCCUGCCUGCGCGUGUCUGUGUGUGUGUUCAGACGAUAAUUAUCUUUAUUUCUAUGUGUAUCUUAACUUUGAAAAACUCUUCGCAUCAUGUCCAUGAGAGACUUUUUUGUAUACUGUUCAUAAUUUUGCAGAUAGUGUGAUUUUUCUUCGUGUGUUCUUAACAAAUCUCGAGCGGUAGAGAGAGAGUUCCGUCGACAUUUUGAUAGCAACCAAAAUGGCACACUGCGCUGAUUAUACUUACCAGUCUUAAUACUGACCAAACAGGAUACUGCCAAAAUUAUCACACAUUUUUCACUCUGCACUGACCAUCACUUUCCUGGGCAGGAUCCAUACCCUGGAUAAGUUUACUCGGAUAGAAAAGUAACACAUGGACUCGAGGUUCUCUCGGGUCUUGAAAUUAAAAAUUGAAAAAGUCCCAUAAUCAUACCUAGCAGGACUGGUUUCCUGAUUCAUCAAGAAAAGUAAAAGAUGGAGGAAAGGGUUGGACUCUCGUCUGCCCUACCAAGCAUUAGGCACGGUGAGCCAUGACAGUAUAUCGCUUAUAAAGUAAUUUUAAACCAGUUCAACCCAGACCCAUUAGACCUUUGAGAAUCCUUAACAGUAGUGUAAAGCAUAAUAAUGACUGUUACUUUUUUGAAAGCACAAAACAGACCCGAUUUCUAACAUAAACAUGGAUAUGUUCAGAAAUAAUAGUUUGUCGCUAGUCAUGUUUAUUUACGACACUGAUUUGAGUAUAAAGCAUUUUGUACAA